AUGAGCGAGAGCAACCAGCCCAAGAACGACCCCGGCGGCCUCGCCGUUGGCGGCGAUCUCAUCCACUCAAGCCCAGCCAAUGCGCUCGACCCGCUCAACCUCAAGCCUGAGGAGCUCGCUCGCGACACCACAAAGCCCCUCGCCCGCGGCCUCCACUUUGAUUCAGACGACGAGCGCGAAAGCGACUGGCACUCUCCGGACAACUCUGACUCAGAGUCCGAGUGGGAUGUUAACGAGUACCCCGACGACACGGACGACGAGGCCGAGCUCGAGCUGUACGCCGACCACCUGGGUCUCGACGACGGCGAGGGCGUUGACGAGGAGGAAGACGACGACUGCUCCAUCAAUGGUGGCUCCGACGACGGCGAGGACGUUGCGACCCUCAAGGCUGGAACUGCCAACGUUGAGAAGAAGCACUGGUAUGACGCGCUGGACAUGAACUCGGAGGAGUGCAUCGGACCCCAACUCCCAGCCGACGCGUAUGCCGGUAUCGAGAAGCUCGACCCGCCCUCGUACACCAAUACUGCGCGCUUUAUUGGCGCCUUCAACAAAGGAUUCAACACAAUCACCAGUCGCGACACGCUGCCCUUCUGGGAACGUGAGGCCACGCCCCAAACCAAGGGUGCCUGGUACGCUCGUCUCGCGCCUGGUUGGGAGGCGCAGUAUUGCAAGCUUUUUGACAAUGACACCCUCGCAAACCUCGAACGCCUGUACGACCUCCCAAACGUCGACGUCAUCAAGGAGACCCAGCCGGGUGCAUACCUCAUCCUGGUCAAAGAUAAGACCAGUGGUGAGAUUCACAUGUACGGAGGAAGUGGCUCGUCGAUGCCUGUCUUCCUCUUGCGCACCGGCGCAAUGAAGUCAGUCGGUGGUUUGGCUGCCCCCAAAUCUUCGCACGUCUCCAACUUCAACAGCAACACUGGCAGGUAA